AUGCCUCGAACGUUUCCUCGAAUUUGUCCGCUAUGUGGCAAACCUGGUGUGUCCAACUUGAGUUCUCAUCUUGAAAUUGUCCAUGACUUAACCGGGCUAAGACGAACACGACUCUUAAAAGAGGCUAAGGUUUCUUGGGAAUCAAAAAGAGAAUAUAUUUCUACAAGCGUCGACUUACCUCGUUGUUCAUCUAGUUCCACGAGAAAAAUAUGUGAACCAAGAAAAAGAAGAAGACCAGUCAACGAAACGCCGAAAACUUCUUCUACUGCGAAAAAGGUAAAGCUUUCCCAUGAUGUUUCCUUGGCAACCGAGCCUUAUCCAGAUUUUAUGUUUCGCCAUAAGUUCUCACUCCUUGUGGUUGGACCAAGUCAAUCAGGGAAAACAGUUUUCGUAGAACAGAUUCUAACGAGAGAUCGUAUUGUCUACGAAACCAACAAGCCCCGUCGCAUUUUAUGGUAUUACAGUCAGUGGCAAGAUAGAUACGAAGCUUUGAAAUCAGCGAUCGGAAAGGACAUUAAAUUUUUUCGUGGCCCUCCCACAUUUCAAGAAGAUCUGCGAGAAAUUGAGCCAAACUACAACAACGUUAUUAUCUUUGAUGAUCUAAUGGCAGAAGCGAUCGAAAGCCCCAUCGUUUCUCGGUUGUUUACCCAAGGUCGCCAUAGAAAUGCCAGCGUCAUACUACUCCUUCAGAAAAUGUUCCCCAAGGGAAAAUUUAACACCGAUAUCAGUCGGAAUGCACAAUACAUGGCGCUUUUCCCAAGUCCUAGCGAUCGGAAACAAAUCGGAAUUGUUGCUGAGCGUAUGUUUGAUAAGAAUCGCCAACGAUUCAUGACAGCUUAUUAUCAGGAAACAGAGAGGCCUUACGGUUACAUCUUUGUAGAUAAUAAACCGGACACGGCGGCAAAUAAGCAGGCGUUGAGCGACAUCUUUGGCUGUUGUCGUCGAUAUCCGACUAUUAACAGCUCCGCAAAAUCGGUCGAAACCGUCAAAACGACCAGU